GACGCGCUUGCCCUCCCCCUCGCCCUGCCCCCCCCCCGCCGGCAGGAGAGCAGCAGCAGCAGCGGGCGCCGCGUUGACGAGCCUGCGGCGGCGGAGCGCAGCGCCAUGGCCUCCGAAGCGAAGAUGACCCUCCAGUUGAUGCUGGCUGUUGGAGGGGCAGUGUUGGGCUCUCUGCAGUUUGGGUAUAACACCGGAGUCAUCAAUGCACCCCAGACGGUGAUAGAAGAAUUUUACAACCAAACAUGGUUCAACCGAUACGAGAAGUACAUCACCCCGGGCACUCUUGUCACUCUCUGGUCUCUCUCGGUGUCCAUUUUCUCGGUUGGUGGGAUGCUCGGGUCAUUCUCAGUUGGGCUCUUCGUCAACCGCUUUGGACGGCGGAACUCCAUGUUGAUGUCCAACUCCCUGGCGUUUAUCGCUGCCAUCCUGAUGGGCUUCUCCAAGAUGGCCGGGUCUUUUGAGAUGCUGAUCCUUGGCCGCUUCGUCGUGGGGAUCUACUCUGGCCUCAGCACAGGCUUUGUGCCCAUGUACGUGGGGGAAGUGUCCCCCACGGCUCUUCGGGGGGCCUUAGGGACACUCCACCAGCUUGGGGUCGUCGUCGGGAUCCUGAUCGCGCAGAUCUUUGGCAUCAAUCUGAUCAUGGGGACCGAGACGCUCUGGCCCUUUUUGCUGGGGUUCACCUUCAUCCCUUCCUUGGUUCAAUGCGUCCUGCUGCCUUUUGCUCCUGAAAGCCCCCGCUUCCUUCUCAUUAACCUCAACGAGGAGAACAAAGCCAAGAAUGUCCUAAAGAAGCUCCGAGGGACGACCGAUGUCAGCAGGGACCUUCAGGAGAUGAAAGAGGAGAGCCGGCAAAUGUUGCAGGAGAAGAAGGUCACCAUUUUGGAGCUUUUCCGCUCCCCGGUGUACCGCCAGCCCCUCUUGAUUGCCAUCGUACUGCAGCUCUCCCAGCAACUCUCGGGGAUCAACGCGGUCUUCUACUACUCAACAGACAUCUUUCGAAGAGCCGGAGUGCAGAAGCCUGUCUACGCCACGAUUGGGGCUGGUGUUGUCAACACAGCCUUUACCGUUGUCUCGUUGUUCGUGGUGGAGCGGGCUGGUCGAAGGACGCUGCACCUGGUUGGACUUAUGGGAAUGGCCGUAUGUGCAUUUCUCAUGACCAUUGCCCUGGCGCUACUGAAUCAAGUGCCGUGGUUGUCGUAUCUCAGCAUUGUUGCUAUCCUUGGCUUUGUGGCAUUUUUCGAAAUCGGCCCGGGACCUAUUCCCUGGUUCAUUGUGGCAGAGUUGUUCAGCCAAGGCCCACGUCCUGCUGCCAUUGCCGUUGCGGGGCUGUCCAACUGGACCUCCAACUUCAUCAUAGGGAUGGGCUUUCAAUACGUGGCGGACCUUUGUGGGGCCUACGUCUUCAUCAUUUUCUUCGUCUUGCUUAUCCUCUUCUUCAUCUUCACCUACUUCAAGGUGCCUGAGACAAAGGGCCGAACCUUUGACGAGAUUGCCUCCGAGUUCCGCCAGGGGAGUGCUGCCCAUAGUGACAAGACGCCAGAUGAGUUCCACAGCUUGGGUGCUGACUCCCAAGUCUAAGCUAUGGAGUCGGGCAGGUUUCUCCUUUGCGUUGCUCCUUUCCUGCCUGUCCUCCAUAAGCUUGUAGCAAAGCCAGGUCUGAGGCAAAGAAGGUGUUUGGGUCCUGAUUCCAGCUCCAGAGCCUGGUUUCUGGAUGACGAACCCAACUCUUAGCUCCUUAGGAACAGUUAGCUGGUUUCAAGUCCAGGAUUUCAAUGGUGUCAACAUUCAGAAGCAAUGGUUACUCUUCACGGCCAAGCCACGUCCUUGAGAAGAUAGCACUUCUUCACCCUUCCUCUAAUUUUUUUUUCCUCUUUGUUUUAUAAAGGAGAAAAAGCAGAAAUCUCCCCUUCCCCGAAAACCUUGCAUUGCUGGAGGCAAACAUUCAAAACCAUUAAAAGCCAGUUAAAUACGGGUAGGGGAAAUUUAAAGCAGUGUGUCUAAAAUGAAUGUGGACUGGAUUUGAAGGGGCAAUUAUGUGGUUUCUGAGGCCAGUGUUUAAGAGUUGGGGAGAAGAAUGAAUGAAGCAAAGGCAGAGGUUUCCUUUGAUGAGUUGCAAUUGUGUCCUAAAAGGAACGGUGUGGUAUUUUUAAAUGUGGGUGGGUGGGUGGGGGGAGUGAGAAAGUGCAUCGCAAAAACAAGAUUUUAAACCUCCUGUGGGGGGGGGGGAACCAUUGGUUCUUCUCCCCACCUUACAAAGGUAUUGUCCAAAGGUCAAUAGAGGCCUCUUUUUUUGGCAGGACUAAGUUCUUGAUCAUGAAAACCUGGUUGCCAAGGCUCAGCCCCUUCCCAGCUGCCCCUUCCUUCAGUGUGACAGUCUACUCUGGUCACUCCAGAGCAAGAGGGUCCUGGGGAGAAAAUGGGCUUGGUGGUCCAAGGGAGCUGAUAAAAGAAUUGAGCUGGGUUGGCCACUUGGGGCUGCAGUUUCCAAAAUCUGGGGCUGUGAACAAUUGGCAUGGGCAAUUGCUUUCUCUGGCCUGGAGGGGGACAGAUCUGGAUGUUUCUCUGAUGAGACACCCCCGCUCCAAAUCGCUGAAGGCAGAGGGUGCUACAGACGCCCCCAGGCCCAGUUUCAAAAGCUUGAUGUGCAAUGGGUGCCUUGCGACCAGAGUUCCAGAGACCCCUCGCUUUAGAGCCUCCAUCCUUGCCGGAGUGGCUGGGUCGGGCUGUGGCCCACAGCCGUCUUCCUGCUCUCGGUUCCCCCUGAUGGGGAGGAAAUGAGUGAGGGAAAAGGGCCGGUUCCUCCCCAUCAGGAAGGCUUCCACCCGCAUUCCUGCCAGAGCGGGGUUGAUCUUCGGACUCUGUGGGGUCAAGGGCGUGUAGUCCGGGAUUCCAAAAAGGACGUUUCCCAGCCUUGGCGGAAGAGGGUCCCGACUGGCUGCCUCUGAAGAGAACAGGGCUGCGAUCUCCCUGCCCUGGGAAUGGACAGAUUCUUUUCGAAAGCCAGCAGAAACAGCUCCAGAAAUUAUGCACUGGGGCAAGAACGACCCCCACCCCCCAAAUCUCAGCUAACAAGGCUUUUUUCCUGCACCCUCCUCGCCCCCACCCUGAAAGAGAACCCAUAUCGUUGGGGUGGGGCGACUUUCUGGCAACCCUUGACAACCUGGACUCACUCAACGCUCCAUCCCACCGCCCCAAAAGCGAGAAUGGCUGCACACCUUUUCCUGCUUUGUGUCUAGACUGGAAAAUAUUUAUAUUACGAUGUAUUUUUUUUUGUCCGUUUUGUUCUUGUUUCACGUUAACAGUGCACUAAGUUAUGGCAUUGUUUCCGAUAGACAAGUUCAUUCUUGAAUAGUUCUAGUUUCUCUAGCAACUGAAAGGUCUGUAUUUGACUAUGAUAAACUUAUUUUUUAUAUAGAUUAUCUCACCCGCACUGUAGCAGAACCUGUUGCACUGAUAUUUUAGAGUUUCUUUACUAUAGUCAGCCACCCUGAUUAAGAAGCCCUUCCAGGUUGUGUUUGGUAGAACAGGUUUGCAAAAAAGUAAAAAUAAAAAUUCUGAGGCAACACAAUUAAACGCAUCUAUUUAAUAAUAUAUAUAUAUAUAUAUAUUUUAUUUAUUUGUCUGUCUGUAAACUGAAGGCAUACACACAACUGCACUUGAAUUCAAUAAAAUAAUUUCGUUUUUAGGAUUUUUUUUUAA